AUUAUGCAUCAUAACAUGCAUUUCUUAUGUUUCGUGCAGGCGUUUGCAAGGAUCGAGAAUCAUUACUUCAUGAACAAAGGGUUUUUUCCUUCUGACUCAUUCUUGUUAGAUAACAUUGAAAAGAUAAAGCACAUCAACACUGUAAUUGUUCAGGGAAGGUAUGAUGUUUGCUGCCCCAUGACGUCUGCCUGGGAUCUUCACAAAGUUUGGCCAGAGGCUGACUUCAUAGUUGUUCCUAAUGCUGGGCAUUCUGCUAAUGAGCCGGGGACAUCAGAACAGCUGGUUGCUGCAACCAAUAAAUUGAAAUACGUCGUCAAGGAAAAGUAAAGCUAAAAUUUUCAGCCUCAAAAAUUUUUACUUGAUCUAGUAUUGUGAACAUACUGUAGUUUAUUUCCCAUUUUUGAGGUUUGUAAUCCAUGUCAAGAUGUCGACAACUUAUUAGAGGGGCAUCCUCUAGAUUCUGUUUUGUGAAUGUAUUCAAUCUACUUCGAGUAUAUCUGUCUAUGAACUUGGUGACACUUUUAGGUUUGUCUUCAACAAGAUGUUCAAUUUUCAAUCACUGAAACCCCUCUGAAUUUUGUUUGUGGACACAAGAACAAUAGAGAAAAUGUGAAAAUCAAUUACUCCA